GGGGCUCGGAACGGUCGACCGUUUGGCGCGACGGUCGACCUUGAUCUUCAUCAGGUCGGAUUGGCGGAUCACCAUGACGGUCGACCGUGGUUGACCGGCGGUCAACCGUUGUUGACUAGCUGCGGAAGGCAGACUUCGGCUGGUUGGCGGCGGUCGACCAUUCGCCGACGGCGGUCGACCGUUCUACUGGCAGUCGUGGUCCGUUUCGAAGUUUAAUACGACGGUCGACCGUUUGCGUCAACCGUUUGGGUCUGUGAAUCUUUCUCUUGAUAUUUUGAGUGUUCAAAAUACUUCUUUAAGUCUUUUAAACACCUUUGAUUAACAAAUACAUGUUGUUGGGUUGAUUUCAAAUGUUUAUAUAUACUUAUGUAUAUAUAUUAACUUUAUGGAUUUGGUGUAUUUUGAUCUCAACAUAUAGAUGACUUAUAUAUGCAUCACAUAUAUAUUUUGGGAUGAUUUCAACAUAUGGAUUAAUAUAUAUGUUCAUGUAUGUAUGUGAUGAAUGAUUCGACAAGUCUAACGCAAGGGUACAGACCUGGAAAUCAUCGGCCGAAACCUUACGGAUGAGCGGGAGUGGAAACAACAUCGCAAUUCACCAACUUUGUCAUUCUCGUCACAAUUGGGCAACCUGCCGUAUUUUGGGCAUAUCUCCAUUGUUUCUUCAGGGAAUUGCAAACCGCUUGAUUUUGUGGAUUCCUAAGAUGUAAGGCUAUAACUUUCGUAUAGAAAGUAUUUCGAGUUAGCAGAUGUAAGAUAGCGUAAAUUGGACCUGAAGUCAAAGGAUAGUUGCUGUCCAGGAUUUCGGAUAUGUCGAUGAACAAUGAUUUCGACGAUUAACUCAUUAACUUCAAUAUUCCAACACCGAACCUUCUCUACGAUACCUUCCGGAUGUUUUGAAUAAUCGUUAGAGAGUUUAUGGUAAGUGUUUGGAAUGAAACAACAUGGAUAUGGUGAGGAAACAUAGCCAACCCGAGGAGCUCGCCACCACUGGCGCAGUCCCGGUAUUUUGGCCAUAUCUCCUUCGUUACUUAACGAAAUCGCAAGCCGUUUGUUGGGCUGGAUUUGUAUCAUCCGGGGCUACAACUUUGGUUCAGAAAUUAUUUCGAGAUAAUGGAUGGAAAAUUACAGAACUUACGUAGAAGUUGAUGCUGCGUUUGGAACUCAUGAUUUGGAAACUAUGGAUGGUUUCUUCUUGUUUCUCCUUCUUCCUUGAACCAUCUAUGGAGGAGGGUGUUUUCUUCUCUCCUUGAUGUUGCCGACAAUGAGAGAAUGGAGAGUGGAGAGAUGAGAUGAUGUAGUUAUAGAGUUAGUGCCUUGAUAUGGUGAAGAAGACUGCAGACGAGAUAAAUCUGAAGUCACAUGAGCAUUUGCCCCUGUAUCCAGAUGCCAACCGCGUGACCCGACUUCCCACAGAGCUGACAAGUGACGGAACUAGGCAGUGGCCCCCCUCUGCCACGGUGAUCAUCCCGCUGGUGACUAGGAGGACGGCUGCCCUUGCUGCCGUACGUACCCCCGCCUCGAGAACUGCCACUGCCGCGUCCACGGAGUAUACAGAGUAUGAUGUCUUGGUCCGAGAUAUGUUCAUGAGCCAGAGUAAGGGAGGAAACAAUAUUCAAGACAUUGUCAAGAUAGAUCUAGGCAUCAACGACCAUCCAAGUUUCAUAUGCCGGAUUGUCCUUCAUAAUCGGAGGAUCCUCCUUGCCCGAAGCAGUGGCUUUGCCGUCAAGAAUGAGGGAGGGAGGCUCCGGUUCUGUACCAUCAACGUAACCAAGGAGACGGUGAGCCAUGAGAUUGGCUCUAAUGGUGGCCGACCAAGAGGGAUAGUUCGAAUCAUCAAGCUUCGUCGGUGUGAGAGAUUGAAGAUUCCGGACGAACAGCUUGAGACCAUAGCACUUGGAUGCCCCAGCAGCAGCGGCAGCGGCUUACGUGGAGCCAAAGAGCCGCUGCAGAAGCGGAGGCGGUGGCAUCACUGCCGUGUUCAGGCCAUGGAAGAGCUUACCUUGAUGGAAUACUGCUUGGUGAUGGUCGACCAAUCUGUGAGUGUGACGCUUGUUUUCAAGGCUCUCAAUGUUCUGAAUUCGCAACUGAUUGUGUUGCUGAUGCGGACAGUGGUGAUCCAUUAUUCUUGGAGCCAUAUUGGAUGCAAAAUGCAACAAAGAGUGCAAUGCGCCGCAGUCUUUGCGCUCUCCAUGAACAACACCUUCUCUUCCCCUGCCAAAGUUGUCGCUUCUGCUCCUUACUAUUCGUUUUACAAGAAACAAAUGGACUUCUUCAGUAAUGGGAACUUUGAAUUCGCUGGGGAUGCAAACUUGUUGAAGACUUCUUCAAAUGUGAUGAGCAGUGUGAUCGAGCUUGUAACGACACCGAACAAUCCAGAUGGUGUAUUGAGAAAGCCAGUUCUACAAGGUUCGUUCGUCAGCGCAAUCCAUGAUCAUGCCUACUACUGGCCGCAUUUCACUGCGAUUCCAGCUCCAUCCGAUGGAAAUUUGUAAAUUCUUAAGAGAGAGCACCUUAAAUUAAAGAAUAAUGGAUUACUUCGGACUUAAGACGACUUAGGGGCUGUUUGUUUCAACCUCUUAAUGGUUCAGAUGUCUGAAUGGUUCAGCACUUAAUGGUUCAGACUGUUUGUUUCAGCCUCUUAAUGGUUCAGAUGUCUGAAUGGUUAAGAGAUUUGCUUCUGAAUGGUUAAGUAUUAUACAGAGUCUGAAUGGUUAAGAUCUCUUAUCUGAAUUGAUCAGACAUUUGCCUCUGAAUAGUUAAGCAAUAUACUAGCUCUUAAUGG